UUCUCUUUUCACCCCUUUUCAGCUCGGCGGCAACGAGGAGAGCAAGAAGGAGAAGGCUCUGGACCCGCGGGACAUCGACGCCCAUUGGUUGCAGCGUUGCUUGCGAAAGUACUACAAUGACUCGAUCAUGUCGCAGGCCAAGGCCGGCGAGGUGCUCGGUGUCCUCAAGGACGCCGGAGAUGAUCGGGAGUGCGAGAAUCAGCUGGUGCUGCUGCUCGGGUACGACUGUUUCGAUUUCAUCAAGCUGCUGAAGAAGAACCGCCAGACGAUUCUGUACUGUACGAUGCUGGCUUCGUCGCAGAGCGAGAGCGAGCGGGUUAAGAUCCGGGAGAAGAUGAAGGGGGAUGCGUUCUUGGCGAAGAUCUUGAGGCAGUUGGAUACCGGGAAGCAGGAGAUGGAUGACUACGAGAGCGAGAAGUCCAAGAUGCAGAGGAGGAGAAAGGAACAGGAUGAUGACAAUAUGGAGGGUAUUGGAGGACAGAUUCCGGGGAACAGGAAUGUACUGGAGCUGGACGAGUUGGCGUUUACGCAGGGAUCGCAUCUGAUGGCAAAUAAGCGUUGUCAGCUGCCGGACGGAAGUUUCCGUAAGCAACGGAAGGGGUACGAGGAAGUUCACGUUCCGGCAUUGAAGCCGAAACCAUUUGACGAGGAGGAAGAGCUGAUGGUGAUCGAUAAGUUGCCCAAGUACGUCCAGCCGGUGUUCGCCGGGUUCAAAACGCUGAACCGGAUCCAGAGCCGGCUGUACAAGACGGCGCUGGAAAGCGACGAGAAUCUGCUGCUGUGUGCCCCGACGGGAGCCGGUAAGACCAACGUGGCCCUGCUGACUAUGAUGCGAGAGAUCGGGAAGCACAUCAACGACGAUGGAACGAUCAACGUGGAUGAGUUCAAGAUCAUCUACAUUGCUCCGAUGCGAUCGCUGGUACAGGAAAUGGUGGGAAACUUCGGGAAGCGCCUGGCUACGUACAACCUGACGGUAUCGGAACUGACGGGUGAUCAUCAGUUGAGUCGGGAACAGAUCGCGGCCACGCAAGUGAUCGUUUGUACUCCGGAGAAGUGGGACAUCAUCACCCGGAAAGGAGGCGAGAAGACCUACACCCAACUGGUCCGCCUGGUGAUCAUCGAUGAAAUCCAUCUGCUCCACGACGAACGUGGCCCGGUUCUGGAAUCGCUGGUUGCUCGUACAAUCCGGAACAUCGAAACCACACAGGAGGACGUCCGUUUGGUAGGCUUAUCUGCUACCCUGCCCAACUACCACGACGUAGCGACCUUCCUGCGCGUUCGCCCGGAAACCGGCUUGUUCUACUUUGACAACAGCUUUCGUCCAGUCGCCCUGGAGCAGCAGUACAUCGGAGUUACCGAGAAGAAAGCCCUGAAGCGGUUCCAGGUCAUGAAUGACAUCGUUUACGAAAAGGUCAUGGAGCACGCCGGGAAGAACCAGGUCCUGGUAUUUGUCCACUCUCGCAAGGAAACCGGUAAAACUGCUCGUGCCAUUCGGGACAUGUGUCUGGAGAAGGACACCCUGGGGAAUUUCCUUCGGGAGGGUUCAGCGAGUAUGGAAGUCUUACGAUCGGAAGCUGAUCAGGUCAAAAACGCUGAACUUAAAGAUCUGCUCCCGUACGGCUUCGCGAUCCAUCACGCCGGUAUGACGCGCGUUGACAGAACUCUGGUCGAAGAUCUGUUCGCCGAUCGUCACAUCCAAGUCUUAGUCUCAACCGCCACCCUGGCCUGGGGUGUCAACUUGCCGGCCCACACCGUCAUAAUCAAGGGAACUCAGAUCUACAACCCCGAGAAGGGCCGUUGGGUCGAACUGAGUGCUCUGGACGUCCUUCAGAUGCUGGGUCGUGCCGGACGACCUCAGUACGACACCAAGGGUGAAGGUAUUCUGAUCACCAAUCACAGCGAACUCCAGUACUACCUUUCUUUGCUAAAUCAACAGCUCCCGAUCGAGUCCCAACUGGUUUCCAAGAUGCCCGACAUGCUCAACGCCGAAAUAGUGCUCGGAACGAUCCAGAACGUCAAGGACGCUGUAACUUGGCUCGGAUAUACCUAUCUCUACAUCCGGAUGCUCCGUCAACCCACUCUCUACGGCGUCUCCUAUGAUGCCAUCAAGGAAGACCCCCUGUUGGAGCACUUCCGUGCCGAUUUGGUACACACUGCAGCCCUGCACCUGGAGAAGAGCGGCUUGAUCAAGUACGAUCGCAAGAGUGGCCACUUCCAGGUCACCGAGAUCGGUCGCAUCGCCUCUCACUACUACUGUACCCACGAAACCAUGUUGACCUACAAUCAACUCCUCAAACCCACUCUCAGCGAGAUCGAACUGUUCCGGGUAUUCUCCCUAUCCGGUGAGUUCCGAAACAUCACCGUCCGCGAAGAGGAAAAACUGGAACUUCAAAAACUCAUGGAGCGCGUCCCCAUCCCGAUCAAGGAAAGCAUGGAGGAACCCAGCGCCAAGGUCAACGUACUCCUCCAAGCUUACAUCUCCCAACUUAAGCUGGAAGGUUUCGCUCUGAUGGCCGAUAUGGUCUACGUGACUCAAUCGGCAGCUCGUCUCCUGCGUGCGAUCUUCGAGAUCGUCCUUCAUCGCGAGUGGGCCCAACUCGCCGACAAAUGUCUCACCCUGUGCAAGAUGAUCGAUCGUCGCAUGUGGCAGAGUAUGUCCCCGCUGCGCCAGUUUCGCAAGAUGCCCGAAGAGAUCGUCAAGAAGAUCGAGAAGAAGAACUUCCCCUGGGAGCGUCUGUACGACCUGGAGGCCAACGAGAUCGGUGAGUUGAUCCGCGUUCCCAAGCUGGGCAAAACGAUCUACAAGUACGUGCACCAGUUCCCGAAGCUCGAACUCUCUACCCACAUCCAACCGAUCACGCGAUCUACGCUUCGGGUUGAACUUACGAUCACCCCGGAUUUCCAGUGGGACGAAAAAAUUCACGGUCAAUCGGAGGCGUUCUGGAUCCUGGUCGAAGACGUCGACUCGGAAGUGAUCCUCCACCACGAGUACUUUCUGCUGAAGGCCAAGUACUGCCAGGACGAUCACCUGGUCAAGUUCUUCGUUCCGGUGUUUGAACCGCUGCCUCCGCAGUACUUCCUGAGGAUCGUGUCCGAUCGUUGGAUCGGCGCAGAAACGCAACUUCCGGUGUCGUUCCGUCAUCUGAUCCUGCCGGAGAAGAACCUCCCACCGACGGAGCUACUCGAUCUGCAGCCUCUGCCGAUCAGUGCUCUUCGAGAACCGAACUUCGAAGGGUUGUAUAUGGACAAGUUCCCACAGUUCAACCCGAUCCAAACCCAGGUCUUCAACGCCGUCUACAACAGCGAGGACAAUGUGUUUGUCGGUGCUCCGACCGGAUCCGGUAAGACUACGAUCGCGGAAUUCGCCGUCUUGAGAAUGCUACAGCAGAACCCUCACGGAAGGGUCGUUUACCUGGUGUCCAGGGAUAGUUUGGCGGAACUGGUCUUUAUGGAUUGGCAUCAGAAGUUUGGACAGCAUCUGGGCUGUAAGGUCGUCAAGCUGACCGGUGAAACCGGUACGGACUUGAAGCUGAUCGCCAAGGGACAGAUCAUCGUCACAACGGCGGACAAGUGGGAUAUUCUUUCGCGUCGUUGGAAGCAAAGGAAGAACGUCCAGAACAUCCAGCUGUUCAUCGUUGAUGAACUGCAGCUGAUCGGAGGAGAAGAGGGUCCAGUUCUGGAAGUCGUGUGCUCCCGUAUGCGCUACAUCUCCUCUCAGAUCGAAAAGCAGAUCAGGAUCAUCGCUCUUUCGGCAUCCCUCUCGGACGCCAGGGACGUUGCCCAAUGGUUGGGCUGUAACGCGAACGCGACCUUCAAUUUCCAUCCGAGUGUUCGCCCGGUCCCGCUGGAGUUGCACGUUCAAGGAUUCAACAUAACUCACAACGCUUCGAGGGUAGCGGCCAUGUCCAAGCCGGUCUACAAUGCGAUCACUAAGUUCAGUCCGCACAAACCGGUGAUCGUAUUCGUUUCGUCACGUAAACUGGCCCGUCUGACAGCCAUCGACAUCCUGACGUACUGUGCAGCGGAAGCUCAACCGAACCGGUUCUUCCACGCCGAAGAGGAAGACAUCAAACCCUUCCUCGAUCGUAUGACCGACAAGACUCUGAAGGAAACCCUUUCGCAGGGUGUUGCCUACAUCCACGAAGGCUUGACGCCGUCAGAUCACCGCAUUGUCGAACAGCUGUUCGACUCCGGGGCCGUUCAGAUCGCGGUCGUCACCCGGGACCUCUGCUGGGGUCUGAACAUCUCCGCCUAUCUGGUGGUGAUCAUGGACACCCAGUUCUACAACGGCAAGAGCCAUUCCUACGAUGACUAUCCGGUCACGGACGUUAUGCAGAUGGUCGGUCGGGCCAAUCGCCCUCUGGAGGACGACGACGCCAAGUGCGUCCUGAUGUGCCAGAGCUCCAAGAAAGACUUCUUCAAGAAGUUCCUCAACGAAAGUCUCCCAGUGGAAAGCCAUCUCGAUCACCGACUACACGAUCACUUCAACGCGGAAAUUGUCACCAAAACUAUUGAGAACAAACAGGACGCCGUAGAUUAUCUUACAUGGACGUUCCUGUACCGGCGGUUGACCCAGAACCCGAACUACUACAACCUCCAAGGGGUAACCCAUCGUCACCUCUCCGAUCACCUUUCGGAACUCGUCGAAGGCACCCUGUCCGAUCUGGAGCAGUCCAAGUGCAUCAGCGUCGAGGACGAAAUGGACACACUGCCGCUGAAUCUGGGUAUGAUCGCGGCAUACUACUACAUCAACUACACCACCAUCGAACUGUUCAGCUUGUCGCUGAACAGCAAGACCAAGAUCCGUGGACUGCUGGAGAUCAUCUCGUCGGCGGCCGAGUACGAGGACGUUGUGGUGCGACACCACGAGGACAACAUUCUGAAGAGUUUGGCCCAGCGGUUGCCGAACAAGCUGACCGGACCCAACGGAACCGCUCCCAAAUACAACGACCCUCACAUCAAGACCAACCUGCUGCUUCAGGCCCAUCUGUCGCGUCUUCAGCUGGGUGCCGAGCUUCAAGGUGACACCGAACAAAGCCUCGGAAAAGCGAUCCGCCUCAUCCAGGCUUGCGUCGAUGUCCUCUCCUCCAAUGGAUGGCUCUCGCCUGCCGUCGCAGCCAUGGAACUGGCCCAGAUGGUCACCCAGGCGAUGUGGAGCAAAGAUUCCUACCUAAAGCAGCUUCCGCACUUCAACGCCGACAUCAUCAAACGGUGCCAGGAGAAGAAAAUCGAAACCGUGUUCGACAUCAUGGAGCUGGACGACGAAGACCGGAUCCGGUUGCUCCAGCUGAACGACCAGCAGAUGUCCGAUGUGGCCCGGUUCUGCAACCGCUAUCCGAACAUCGAAAUGACCUUCGAGGUCGUGGACAAGGAUCGUAUCCACUCCGGCUCGUCGGUCAAUGUCGUGGUCAAUCUGGAACGAGAGGAUGAUGUGACCGGACCGGUGAUUGCACCAUUCUUCCCGCAGAAACGUGAAGAAGGCUGGUGGAUCGUCAUCGGGGAUCCGAAAACCAACUCGCUGCUGUCGAUCAAGCGGCUCACCCUGCAGCAGAAGGCCAAGUUCAAGCUGGACUUUGUGGCGCCCAGUCCGGGCCAUCACGACUACACGCUGUACUUUAUGAGCGAUUCCUAUCUGGGCUGCGAUCAGGAGUACACCUUUAGCAUCAACGUGGGCGACUUCCAGUCCGAGUCGGAGAGUGAGUCCGACUAAAGUGGGGAGGGGCACCCCACUCACCGUAUGUAAGGUAAAUGAGACGCAUUUGAUCACAAAAGUAUCCAAUCCAUAUUACAUUUCCACAUUUUGGCAACAUUUCGCGGCGUAAAUGUCAGCGGCAUCAAAUGUUACAUACAACCCUCUUGUCUCAGUAAGAACAAUUGUGUGCAGUGAUCAAUCAAGAAGUAUGCAAAAUAUACAUCUCCAGCACAGGAAACCACACAAUUCCUGGUCCGGUUUGGGUCGACUGACCCUCUUAAUGAA